UGUGAGAAAACAAAUCGUAUCAUCACACAGAGGGGAGUGAGUUCUGGCGAAAUAAUCGAGAAGUUGUAAAUAGGACUCUUGCACUUUCGCUUCCACACGAAGCAAGAGGGAACUGAUACAAGACUGACUCUAAUACUGCACAACUGCAUCUAGGCGCUCAUUUCCAAAAACUCGCUCUCAACACUCCUGUACUUUCUGACCUUCAGCGGACACACCUUGCUUUUCGGGCUGGACUGCGCGGCGGCAGCAGCCCGCCCUCCGCGUCCCCCAGCCAUGUCGUCACGCAUUGCCCUGCGCCUGCAGCUCAUGCGGGACCAGAUGCAGCAGGAGGAGCAGCGGGAGCGGCAGCAACAGGCAGAAGCCAUGCAUUACAUUCAACAUCGCAUGCCAGGCCCAUCUGCGUCCUCACUAGCCAUCAGAGCGCCAACUCACUUCCAGGCUCCCAUGCAGGUCCCUGUGGAAGUGCUAAAGGUGGAGACCCACCUUGAGAACCCCACAGACUACCACAUCCAACAAUCUCAGCGGCAGCAAGUCAAGGAAUUUAUGUCAACUACCUUUGCCACCAAGCAGACUGUACACGCUGUAGCAAGCUUGGUUCAUCCUUCUUCACCCACCAUGGCCCAGGGUCAGACAGGAGCUGCUCCACCACCCCUGCCAUCUCCAUGCAUGCGCACUGAGCAGCUAAUGAACUCUGCUGGAAAUAGCGCCCCCAACAGUCCCAUGGCAAUGCUCAACAUCGGAUCCAGCCACGAGAAUAAGAUGGAUGAGGUUAUUGAUGAUAUCAUCAGCCUGCAGUCCAGUUAUGAUGACAUCCAUCCUUAUCUUGACCCCGUGGUGCAGAUGCCAAACACACUCCCGCUGUCUAGCAGCCACUUGGAUGUCUACAUGGGGCCAGGUAUGACCGGACCAGCGAUCGCCAUGACCAGCAACUCCUGCCCUGCCAACCUGGCCAUCAAGAGAGAGAUGUCAGAUGCUGAAGCCCGAGCUAUUGUUAAAGAGAGACAGAAGAAAGACAGCCACAACCAGAUUGAGAGGAGGAGAAGAUUUAACAUUAAUGAUCGAAUUAAGGAGCUAGGCACCAUGAUUCCCAAAGCCAAUGACCUGGAUGUGCGCUGGAAUAAAGGCACAAUUCUGAGGGCCUCGGUGGAGUAUAUUAAGCGCAUGCAGAAGGAUAUGCAGAGAACUAGAGAGGUGGAGAAUAACUUCAGGAGGAUGGAGAUGGCCAACAAACAGCUGUGGCUCCGCAUUCAGGAGCUUGAGAGGCAGGCACAGCUGCACGGCCUGCCCAACACCUCUCCAUCUGGCCUGAACAACAUGGAGCUACUAAACCCCUUCGUCAAGCAGGAGAACAGCCCAGAAAAGAACCACCUCCCGCAUCAACCCCACCUCCCCCACUAUCCCCAACACCAGCAGCACCAGGGUCAGCCUCAGCCCCAACCUCACACUCAGCUCCACCAGCACCUCCACCCACAGCCCCAGCUGCAGUAUCCAGCUGUGGGCAGCUCCCAGCACUUUGACUAUGCCCAGUCACUGGACGUGGGAUUCCCUGUAUAUCAGGAUGGGAUGGGGGGCAUGGGAGAUCUCUGCUUGUUGGGUGGAGGUGUCGCACCGAUGGGAAAGAAUAGCGAGCUAGGCUUCUUGCUGAUGGACGAGGCACUGUCGCCUUUGGGUGGAGACCCGCUGCUGUCUGCAAUGUCCCCCGAGGCUUCCGUGGACAGCAGCCGCCGUAGCAGCUUCAGCAUUGAGGACUCAGACAUACUGUGACCUGGCCAGCCUCGUGUGUCACUGCACCAUAUGCAUAUGAUGCGACAUACACACAGAUAUUGCAUGUAGUUACACAGUUAACAAGGAAAGGUAUGAUGCAGUUGCACCCUGCCAUCUGCAAUACAGUUUUGGUAUUUCCUUAAUAGUCUAUAGAGCCAUGCAUUUCAUACACAAACACUUUUCACUCUAUGCAAAAAUGCACAUACUGAUAAUUGGAUACAUGCAAUAUGGACUAGCUGAAGAAACAGAGAGAACUGAUAUGCUUGAAUACUGUCAACCAGAAUUGGCCUAAUUUGUUCCCGUUGCAAAAAAAGAACACACACAGAAACCUUGUGUACCCCAAGAAAUGUUAUAUUUGAAUAUUGCUUGAUAGGCCAAAGAGAUUUAGUUCAAACAUUUAUGUCCACACACUCACAUUCUCUCUCUAUCUAUAGAAAUCCUUGACUUUUUACCUUUAACAUACUGUAUAACAGCUUUUUCCCCACGUGUGAGACUGUCACACCCACUUAAUGUCCUCUAGAGCUGAUUAUUGGAGCCUUUUUUCACUUGAAUUAUACAGCCACAUCUGAGCUCUUAGACAGACAGACAGGAAGCCAGCUGUACCAGAGAGAGUAAUGCAAAGGCAGCUCAUCCACAGACAAAAUAGGAAGGACAGGGUUCCCACAAUCAUGGCAAACAUGGAAAUAUCAGAGAAUUCUAGUUGUUUUUCAGUCCUCGAAUUGUCCAAAAUAUCUGCUUUCAAAUAUUUCUUCGGCAGAAUAUUGGUCACAAUUAGAUUAAAACUUGCUUGCCAGCCAUAGCAGUGCCUAAUUUGUGAUCUUAUUGUUCUUUUGAGUCAUUUUAUUUCAACAAGUCGAUCGAACCAGUUCAGAAAUUGGUCUGAAUGAUCUAUUAACAAAUCGGUCUGAUUUUAAGUAAUUUUAAAUCACUUAUGACUGGAGAGGUCAUGGAAAUUCAUUGGUCAAAAAGUGUGGGAACCCUGGAGUGUUCAUUUAAUGUCCAUGCAGGAAAAGGAAAGAAAGAAAGAAAGAAAGAAAGAUAAACAGCUACUGAAAUGAGUCCUACUGCAAAAAAUAAAAAAAUAUUGUACUGAUAUUGCUAGAAGGGAUAGUUCACCCAACAAUGAAAAUUCUCUCAUUAUUCACUCACUCUCAUGAUAUCCCAGGUGAGUAUGAGUUUAUUUCUUCACCAGAACACGUUUGAAGAAAAAUAUCUUAGCUCAGUAAAAAAAAAAAAAAAAAGGACUGAAAUAUUGAUCUUUUCACACCAAAGCGGUCGUGAUGUCAAGCGUGUCAUAUGGAAGAACUUUCUGUGAUUUUUGGAGCUUCAAAAGAGAAAUCACCAUCCACUUGCACUUUAAGGACCUACUAAGCUAAGAUAUUUUUUAUUUUUCUUCAAAUGUGUUCUGGUGAAGAAAGAAAGUCAUACACACCUGGGAUAUCAUAAGGGUGAGUAAACGAAGAGAGAAUUUUAAUUUUUGGGUGAACUAUCCCUUUAAAGUAGUAUUUUUCUUAAAUGGCCAUUGUCAUACUCAGGUGUGAAUCUCCACCAGCUUGGAGAGACUUUGAAAAAAGCUACCUUACCAUAUUUUUUGAAUUAGUUUUAGUUUUAUGUAGCAGCUGUUGUCACUGUUUAAGAUGAAACAACAAAGGCAGGCUUCUGUUUGAAUAACAGACCAGACUAGAUGCUAGUGGACAGUACAGCAGAACGUGACAUAAAUUAGCUACUUGUUCUCCUUAAGGUGCCUUAAGGCCACGGACUGAUUCUUCUAGAAGCACACGGUCAAAUGCAUGGUCCUCUCAUGUUGGCACGUGAUUUUACACAGUAAAAUGGAGCCAACAGCUGUGAGUGCCGUUUGCCAAGUUUGAAGUUCAUACAGCCCAAGGUGCCUUUCAGGGUAUCUGGAUCAACUUGAAAUUUGAUCCAGCUUUUGAUAUGUACAGUAUAGAAAAGGAAGUGGAAUAUGUAGUAAAGGUACUGUACAUCAUAUAGGUUUUCUUUCUUGUGUUGGGGAAACCAAUUAUAAUUUAAUUGACAUUAUAAAGAUUUUAUGUGUGAAAUAUGAAGUGAAUGUUUUAUGCCACUAAGCCACUUAAAUGUAUUUUAUCUGUCUUUUUUAUUUUAUUUUUUCUUCUAAAAAAAAAACAAAAAAACAAAAAAAAAACAUUCUAUCUAACUGCCGAGCCAUUAAAAUACAAUAUAAAAAUAUUUAAUCUGCCAUUCUAUCAUAGAAAUGGCUAGUGCAGAGCCAUAUUAUACUUUUUUUGUACAAAAUCGUUAAAACACAUCAGGCUUUUCAGAGGUUAAAAGAACAUGUGUAAUGUUGUUUUUAUAUUGAUUUGAUUCCUUCUUUUUUUUUUAAGAAAAAGACAGCUAUUUGAAGAAAAUUGAUACUGUUGAGUAGUGAUUCAUUGUUUUAAUUCAAUUUUAAUUGAUACUGAGAGUGUGAAUUUUAUGUGUUGUUCAGUUUAGUCGGUUAAACUCAAGUCGGCCUUUGUCAAACAUGAGCUUUAAUUGAACCCAUGUGCUGUCCUCAAAAACAAGAUCCAAAUGGAGAACGAGGCACUUUCAGUGUAUUAUUAACCAGCUCUCUCUGUUUUACAGUUUUAAAGGUUCAGUUCAUAAGUGCCAUCACCAUCUGUAAUAUUUUACGCAUUACUAUUAUUAUUGCAGGUGUUUGUUGUCAUGACUGUGCCUGUCUACUGCAGCAUUAUUGAUCAUACAUUGAAACAAGUUAGAACCAACAAACACUCUUUUUGAGUCAUGUUGGUUACUCUAUGUAAAUUUUUGACUUGGUUGGCUAGAAUAGGCAUAGCAAAAAUAAAAAAGAGGCUAAAUCUACGAAAGGGCAUUUUUGGAUAGCAGGAGAGGGCUUCUAAUUAUUUCUUGUGUGACAGUUUUGUUUUUAGCCAUGCACCAGGAAUGAGAAGGUUUGCCAUUAAGAAUGAAGAUAAAUCACUUGAAGUAAAGAUUAUGGUUUGGUAAAUUUUGGGGGUGGGGGGACUUUCAUUAUACAGCAUGCUGAAAGACAACACAAACAGAAUGUGACUCAAGUUUUUAGUAAAACCCUCUGAAGGCCUUGAGAAUGUUUCAGUACUGUGUCAUGUCUAUGGGAUUUGCUCUUUCAAAAAUCUCUAGAAGUAAAUGACACCUCUCAUUAAAUGUAUUUAAGUUGAUGGGAAAAUGGCUGACUUGUGUGUUUCUUA